AUGUCCAUCGACCACGUCGGCCUGUACGUCCCCGCCAGCAUCUACAAGGAGACUGUGCAAUGGUACCUUACCGCUCUUGAGCCAAUUGGCUUCAAGAAGUUCGUCGAGCCCAAUGAGUACGCCUGCGGUCUCGGCAUUCAUUCUCCCGACUUCUGGAUUGCGUCGCACAAGGCCGAAAAGGCCAAUAUCCCUCUUCACAUCGGCUUCAAGGCAGAGAACCGCAAAGUUAUCGACGAAUUUCACAAGGCUGCGCUUGAAGCUGGCGGCAAAGAUAAUGGUGCUCCCGGUCUUCGUCCUCAAUACCACCCGAACUACUACGGCGCUUUCGUGAUCGAUCCCGCAGGAAAUAACGUUGAGGUUGUCUGCCACAAGCCGGAAGUCAUUGACGAGUAA